UCACUAACGUCGCUUCACCGCCGUUUACGUAUUUCUCUCUCUUCAUUACACCUCUCUCUCUCUCUGCCUUACAGAUCACGCUAAACGCCUGUUCUCAUUAUCUCUCUCUAUAUAUCAUUAUCAGUCAGAGAAAGAGAGAGAAAAAAUAUACCAUAUCGUCUCUCUUUUGACCGACUCACUUCAUUUUCAUUGCUGUCUCUUCAAUGGAGGAGUAUGCUUUCUUGCAAUGGUGGAGACAGAAGAAGGAGAACGAGGUCCACUUCGUCGUCGUUGCAGUACUACUGCUCGUUCUUUGUCCGGUUUCUUCCUCUCUUAACGACGAGGGAAAUGCCUUGUUAUCGAUCAAAGUUUCAUUUAGCAACGUAGCGAAUGUGUUACUUGACUGGAACGAUGAAGGUGACGAUUUCUGUUCAUGGCGGGGAGUUAUCUGCGACGGUAAUGGUGAUGGCCUCUCCGUAAUUUCACUGAAUUUGUCAAAUUUAAACCUGGGUGGGGAAAUUUCACCUGCCAUAGGAGAUUUGAGAAAUAUACAGUCGAUAGAUUUACAGGGCAACGGUUUGACUGGCCAAAUCCCCGAUGAGAUUGGCAAUGUUGCCUCCCUGGUGCAUCUGGAUUUAUCUGAUAAUUUGCUACAUGGUGAUAUUCCUUUUUCUAUAUCGAAGUUGAAGCAACUUGAGUUUUUGAAUCUGAAAAACAAUCAAUUGGUCGGUACAAUCCCAUCAACCCUUACCCAGAUUCCAAACCUUAAAACUCUUGAUCUUGCUCGGAACCAGCUUAGAGGUGAGAUACCAAGAAUACUGUAUUGGAAUGAAGUACUCCAGUACUUGGGAUUGCGAGACAACUCAUUGACUGGAACCCUCUCACCUGAUAUUUGUCAGUUAUCUGGCUUGUGGUAUUUUGAUGUGCGGGGAAACAAUUUAACUGGUCCGAUUCCUGACAACAUUGGGAACUGUACUAGUUUUGAAAUAUUGGAUAUUUCCUACAAUCAGAUUACUGGCGAAAUUCCAUAUAACAUUGGAUUUUUACAAGUGGCUACAUUGUCUCUUCAAGGAAAUAGAUUAACAGGGAAGAUACCUGAGGUUAUUGGUUUAAUGCAGGCCCUUGCUGUUCUGGAUUUGAGUGAAAAUGAACUUGUUGGGCCAAUUCCUGCAAUACUCGGCAAUUUAUCUUACACUGGAAAACUAUAUCUUCAUGGGAACAAGCUGACUGGGCCAAUACCUCCUGAGCUUGGAAAUAUGUCUAAACUUAGCUAUUUGCAGCUAAAUGAUAAUCAACUGGUUGGCAGAAUUCCUCCUGAACUUGGAAAGCUGGAACAAUUGUUUGAGUUGAAUCUUGCGAAUAAUAACCUUGAAGGACCAAUUCCUCAUAAUAUCAGUUCCUGCACGGCGUUAAAUCAAUUCAAUGUUCAUGGUAAUCUCUUGAAUGGAUCAAUUCCUUUGGGAUUUCGGAACUUGGAGAGUUUGACUUACUUGAACCUUUCAGCAAACAGUUUCAGAGGGAAGAUACCUAUGGAGUUAGGCCACAUUAUCAAUCUUGAUACAUUGGAUCUGUCCAGCAAUAGAUUCUCAGGGCCUGUUCCAGCUUCUGUUGGUAAUUUAGAGCACCUUCUCACCUUAAAUUUAAGUAGGAAUAAUCUUGAUGGUCAAUUGCCAGCAGAACUAGGGAACCUCAGAAGUAUAGUGACCAUUGAUAUGUCUUUUAACAACCUCGCCGGUUACAUCCCGGUAGAACUGGGACAGUUGCAGAACAUUGUGUCUUUGAUACUUAACAACAACAAUAUACAUGGGGAGAUACCUGCUCAGCUUGCCAAUUGUCUAAGUCUUGCUUCCUUGAAUAUUUCUUACAAUAAUCUGUCUGGAGUUGUCCCUCCUACUAGGAACUUUUCUAAUUUGUCACCAGACAGCUUCAUAGGAAAUCCAUUGUUGUGUGGAAACUGGUUGGGGUCAAUCUGCAGACCUUAUGUGCCAAAAUCCAAAGUAUUCUCCAGAGCUGCACUUGUAUGUAUGACAUUGGGAUUCAUAACACUGCUAUCCUUGGUAAUAGUUGCCAUUUACAAAUCCCACCAACCAAAUGAAUUGAUUACAGGAUCUGGCAAGAUCGGUCAAGGUUCUUCCAAAUUAGUUAUUCUUCACAUGGACAUGGCUAUUCACACAUUUGAUGAUAUAAUGAGGAUAACUGAGAACUUGAGCGAGAAGUACAUUAUUGGUUAUGGUGCUUCAAGCACAGUGUAUAGGUGUGUUCUCAAGAAUUCCCGACCAAUUGCAAUUAAGCGACUCUACAAUGAUCAGCACAACUUGCUGGAGUUUGAGACUGAACUUGAAACUAUUGGUAGCAUCCGGCACCGCAAUCUUGUCAGUCUACAUGGCUAUUGUGUAUCACAGUUCGGGAACCUACUCUUUUAUGACUACAUGAAGAAUGGAUCUCUUUGGGAUUUACUGCAUGGACCUUCGAAAAAAGUGAAACUUGACUGGGAAACACGAUUAAGGAUAGCAAUUGGCGCUGCCCAGGGGCUGUCUUAUCUUCACCAUGAUUGCAACCCUCGAAUUAUUCACAGGGAUGUUAAGUCCUCAAAUAUCCUUCUGGAUGAAAACUUUGAGGCUCAUCUCGCUGAUUUUGGGAUAGCUAAAUGCAUUCCAACUGCUAAGACCCACGCUUCAACUUAUGUUCUUGGAACUAUUGGUUACAUUGAUCCAGAAUAUGCACGCACAUCUCGCCUGAACGAAAAGUCUGAUAUAUAUAGCUUUGGGAUAGUUCUUCUGGAGUUACUAACAGGGAAGAAAGCUGUUGAUAACGAAUCAAACUUGCAUCAACUGAUAUUGUCCAAGGCAGAUAGUGACACGGUGAUGGACGCUGUCGAUCCAGAGGUUUCUGUUACCUGCUUGGACUUGGGACAUGUUAGGAAGACCUUCCAACUGGCUCUUCUAUGUACGAAACGUAAUCCAAGGGAAAGACCAACCAUGCACGAGGUUGCAAGAUUCUUGGUCUCCCUCCUUCCCGACUCUGAUCUUGUGACUAAACCUUGUUCUAAUCUUCCGAAGACUAUUGACUAUGCCAAAUUUUUGAUUGACAACGGACAACAGCUACCAAAAGUGAAGCAGCAGGAGAAUAAUUCGUCUGAUGCUCAGUGGUUCGUUAGAUUUGGUGAAGUUAUAUCAAAGAACACCCUUUGACUUUGUGUCACAGCAACUACAUUUUAGGAUGUCAUUAGAAAGAGCUAUAGUUAGUUCUGGGAAGUUAAUUUUGUUUUUAACGGGGAUUUGACUUCUCACCAUAUGGCUAGUUUUUUGGAUAUAUAAUUCUAUUAUGGGAUUUAGGAGAUUGAGAAAAACAUUAGAGCCCAACCGGGACUGCUGCUUUUAAAAUCGGCAACUGAUACUAACAGCAUAACGUUAUUUAUAAUGAAUGGGAUCUGCUUAUGAACGAGCAUCAUUUGCUUUAAA